GGUGGAGGGAAAGCUGAAGAAGAUGCAACUACUCCGCCACAGCAUUCUGGCAGAGUGCUGAGCUGAGGGAUGCAAGAGAAAAGCAUCACUUGGAGGAAAGGGUGGCUGCUUUUACUGUAAAUGUGUUUCCCAGCGAUCGGCACUGGACUAUCACCCUCCAAGUCUCAUCCUGCACCCGCUGAGAGCCCCUGGAAGCCACCUGCUGUGCCUCUGGGAUGGUGUGACAACCAGCCAGCUUUUGGCUGUCCCACUUCUGGGUCAAGAUGCCGGUGAUGAAGGGCCUCCUGGCCCCCCAGAACACCUUUUUGGACACCAUCGCUACACGCUUCGAUGGCACCCACAGUAACUUCUUGUUGGGUAACGCCCAGGGACACCGUGGCUACCCUAUUGUCUAUUGCUCGGACGGCUUCUGCGAGCUGAGUGGCUUCACCAGAACCGAGGUGAUGCAAAAGAACUGCAGCUGUCGCUUCCUGUACGGCCACGACACCAGUGAGCAUGUGGCCCAGCAGAUGGAGAAGGCUCUGGAGGGCCGAGAGGAGUACCAGGCUGAGGUGCACUUUUACAAGAAGAACGGUGUGGCCUUCUGGUGUCUGUUAGACAUUGUGCCCAUCAAGAAUGAAAAGGGAGAAAUGGUCCUCUUCCUCUUCUCAUUCAAAGACAUCACUGAUACCCAUGGAAAGGGGCACCACAACAGCAAGAAAGACGGUUCAGAGGACAAGAGGCGCAGGAGGAAGAGCAGCUCUCACUUCAGCGAGGCCAGGAAGAGAGGGCGCACCAUGUUGUACCAUCUGACCAGACAGUUCUCACGGGGAGGCAAAGGAGAGGUCAACCUCGGCCGUGGCAUGAUGGACAAGCCUUCCAUACCAGAGUACAAGGUGGCAGCAGUGCAGAAGUCCCGCUUUAUCCUGCUCCACUACAGUGUCUCCAAAGCCCUUUGGGACUGGCUCAUCCUUCUUGCCACCUUCUACGUGGCUGUCACAGUGCCCUACAACGUCAGCUUCACACCGUAUGAGGAUACAGUCUCGGCUGCUCGCUCCACCAUCGUCAGUGACAUAGCUGUGGAGAUGCUCUUUAUUGUUGACAUGAUCCUGAACUUCCGUACCACCUAUGUGAGCCAGUCCGGGCAGGUGGUGUAUGAGUCACGCUCUAUUUGCAUUCAUUACGCCACCACCUGGUUCUUUGUGGACCUGGUGGCUGCCCUGCCCUUUGACCUGCUGUAUGCCUUCAACAUCACAGUGACCUCUUUAGUCCACCUCCUGAAGACCGUGCGCCUGCUCCGCCUCCUCCGUCUGCUCCAGAAGCUGGAUCGCUACUCCCAGUACAGCGCCAUGGUGCUGACCUUACUGAUGUCUGUGUUCGCCCUGCUUGCACACUGGAUGGCCUGCAUCUGGUACAUGAUUGGACGCAAGGAGAUAGAGACCAAUGACUCCUGGGAUAUCGGGUGGCUCCACGAGCUGGGCAAACGUCUAGAGACGCCCUACAUCAACAGCACAGUUGGCGGCCCGACAGUACGCAGCUCCUACAUCGCUGCCCUUUACUUCACCCUCAGCAGCCUGACCAGUGUGGGCUUUGGCAACGUCUGCGCCAACACCGAUGCAGAAAAGAUCUUCUCCAUCUGUACCAUGCUUGUUGGCGCGCUGAUGCACGCUCUGGUCUUUGGCAACGUGACGGCCAUCAUCCAGCGAAUGUACUCGAGGCGCUCUCUCUACCACACUCGUAUGAAGGACCUAAAGGACUUCAUUCGUGUCCACCGUCUGCCACAGCAGCUGAAACAACGCAUGCUGGAGUACUUCCAGACCACAUGGUCAGUCAACAACGGGAUAGAUGCAAAUGAGCUCCUGCAUGACUUUCCUGAUGAGCUGCGGGCCGACAUCGCCAUGCAUCUGAAUAAGGACAUCCUCCAGCUGCCGGUCUUCAAGGGAGCCAGUCGUGGCUGUCUGCGCUCGCUCUCCCUCCAUAUAAAAACCUCAUUCUGCGUCCCCGGGGAGUACCUCAUCCGUCAGGGUGACGCGUUGCAUGCCAACUACUUUGUCUGCUCUGGGUCUCUGGAGGUGCUGAAAGACAGCAUGGUUCUUGCGAUAUUAGGAAAAGGAGACCUGAUUGGCUCGGACCUGCCUGGAGCAGACCAGGUGAUCAAGACCAAUGCUGAUGUGAAGGCUCUAACGUACUGCGACCUCCAGUAUAUCAGCGUGCGAGGCCUCAGAGAGGUGCUGGAACUUUAUCCUGAGUACGGCAGUGUGUUCGCCUCCGACAUCCACAACAACCUCACGUACAACUUACGUGAGGGCAGCCAGGAUGAGGGCCACAGCAGGUUUUCAAGGUCACCCAAGCUCUCUCACGAACCCAGACUCCCCUCCAUCAUCGAAACAAAGGGAGAUGACCCUGAUGACUCCUUCCACCUCUCUCCAGCCAGCCGCUCCCGUCGCAACCUCCACCUGCCCAGUUUCAGCAGCCCUGUCCGCCGCACCUCUCUGGGGAACCUCCUGGGGGACGAACUGAGGCAAUUCAACGCCCUGAGACGCUGCCGGUCACCCAAUCUCAGCCGGGGCUUCCAUGGGCAGAGCUCAUCCCCUCAGCCGCCAGCAAAGAAAGAGCACAGCACCCCUGCAGCCGCUCCAGCUCCAGCAUCAACCUCGAGUUCAUCUCAAGGAGGGUCCGGAGCCGAGCAGAAGCCUUCACAGCUGCUUAUCCCAACUGUUACCUGCUUUGCACCUCCAGAUCUGAGCCCCAGGGUGGUAGACGGCAUCGAAGAUAAUGGGCACACGUUCCACUUCAACGUGGAGCACAGCCGGCCCAAAGCCAGCUCAGGAGGCAGCGCCCAAGACCCUGCUCAUGCUAGCGCCGCUCUGCUGCAGGAGACAGAGGAGGUCAAACAGAGCAUCAGCCAACUCAACCACAAGAUGGGCACAUUAAACCAGGAAGUAUCUGAGCUCUCUAAAGGCUUGCACCACAUGCUGCACCUCCUCCAGGCCCAUGUGUCUCUGCAGCACUACAACGCCUCCCACUCCUCGUAUUCCUACAGUGUAGCUGCUGACACCGGCGUACCUUUCAACCGUGUUCCAACCUACCACUUCCACAGUGAUCCUGGGAGCCAUGACGGCCACCACGGUGUCCCAGCUGCAAGCCGCUGGAGCUUCAGUGGAGUUUCUGAAACCCAAACAGAAACCCAACACAGACCUCAGUCCUGUAGCCCGCCUGCUCCCUCCUGUCCUGGCCUUUCUGUAAACUCUAGACCCAGGUUAGGCCCGUGUCAUGGCUCUGAGAGCACGAAUCUGUGGACCGGUCAAUCCCUUCUUAGCGUCAGCACAGGCUUCCAGGGUGGAAGUCCAGGCCUUGCACCUCAUGGAGACUCUGAAAACAGACCUCUCAGCGCAAGCCCGAGCAGCAUCAGCCAGUCCCAGCCCACUCUGUGCCUGCAGCCUCCUAGUGAGAUGAAUGAACUCUCUUGCCUUUUGUCCAGCGUUCCCACAGGUGCGUCCACACAGAGUCUGCUGGACUCUUCACCCGGUUCCUACCCCAACCUCUGUCUGCCCCCAAAGUCACAUCUGAACUUAUCACAACCCCCGCAUGGGGACAUUUGUGAUCUCAUGUCUGCCCCAGCGACAGGUAAUCUGAUCCAGGACACCUCCAUCUUCCAAAUAGAUGCCCCGGACCCUUCAAUCCAUCCCCUGUCUGUCUCACCACCAUCAUCACCUAGUCGUCCUCUCAGAUCCUCUCUGAAUUCAGGAUCACCCCUAGGCGACCCAUCUGCCAUAGAACACACCAGUCUGGAGUGCCUACUGGGGAAUGGAGGCUCUACAGAGAGCAGAGACAGCGAAAGCGUAUCUUCAAGAAGGUCCAGCAUCGGUGAGCAGACUCAGAGCACAGAGCAGUCCUGGUGUCUGGACCUCACAGACUGAACAAGAGGAGCAAACUCUCUGUCUACACUGCAGCUGAACAAGAAACUCAAGUCAUUAAAACGCAACUUUUGACAGUGUUUAAAAAAAACUCUGCGUGCUGUAUUUCCUUUAUUUCUGGGCUCUACUGUUUGUCACAAAAUCUACACUGUUUCUAUGCAAAAGCAUGUCAUUGUGCGUUGUUGCGGCUUUACUCAAGUGUGUCUUUAAGAAAAAAAAUUCCACAGCAGUGGGUUCCAGUAUAUACUGUAUAUUUUUUCCAACAUCCUUGAAGCAUUUUGCAGUUGAUACUACCUGUUACCUCCUUGCAUGGUAAAAUUGUUUAUUCUUUUUCCUAAGGAAAAGGUUCAAAAUCAAUGUGUAAGCAUUCUACAUGAGAACCUGUUGAUUGUGUACACAGAUGCUGUAUUGAGACAAGUGAGUUGUUGGAUGUUCUGAGAUACCAGGGGGCAGAAAUGACACGUGUGUGCAUCACUCAGCAUAGAUUGUUUGUUGUUUUAUAUCACGUUUUUUUCUGUUUUCAGUUUUUUAUUUGUGAGACUAAAAUACUCAUCUAAACUCAAGAUUCACUUCAGUUAUGAUUCCAUUUAACAUCUCCACUUUGACUCCCCACUUAAAACCCUGUGGAACAUUUACAAUUACUUUUAUUUCUUAUCCUUCAUCAAUUCAUUAAAGUAAAUGCUUAGAAAUAGAGGAUUUUUUCUUGUCAAAGAAGAAAAGAGCAUCUUGUUAUGGAUCUACAAUUCUGAAAACACUAUUAGAGAAAUUAAAUAUACCUAUUAGAUUUUUGAAAAUGGCCCCAUGAAAUAAUUAGUAUGGUCAUUGAAUGUGAAUGCCUUUCUGGGAAAAAAACAUACCAACUCUUUAAACUCACACAAUAUUCAGAGUAUUCAGGAACUUUGUUCUUUUUGAAUGAUUUCUCCUUGGCUGAAAAAUAAAGUAUGCAGAAAUGU